AUGGGAUCACACCACUCCACUCACAAGAGACACUGGCGUAAGAAAUCGUCAGCGCCAGCGGCCUCUCAGCCAGCACCACAACCUAAUACCCAAAACAAUGGGAUAGAAACCGCAAAUGAGACAAAUCCGCUGCCGACCCCCUCGGCAGUACCACCGUCACAGGAAGAAACGAAGAAGACGCAGAAGGACGAGAGUGAUAGCAGCGAUGAGGACAGUGAUAGUGACUCGAGCGACAGUGACUCCAGCGAUAGUGAUGAUGACAGUGACAGUGACUCUAGCGACAGUGACUCUAGCGACGACAGUGAGGAAAGCAGCAGUGAGGAAAGCAGCAGUGAGGAAAGCAGCAGUGAGGAAAGUGAAAAGAAGGGCAACGAUAAAAAAGGUCAAGAAAAGGCAACAAAAGCAAAGGCGGAGUCGAAGAAGUGA